ACACAGGCAGAGGUCAUCACACCUGCUAACUUUUCGUCCAUUUACCAUAUUUUCAAACGCACAAUGUAAGUCAUGCUACAAAUACCCUUAACUGGCUUAUUUCAAGUGGAAAGGCUGAGUGAAACGAGUUUUGAGCGCUGGUGCUAUUGUUCCGUCAGGUGAGUGAAGUAGUGUAUGGGGACUAACGCCGUGUGUAUAUGAUAUCCCUCGCGCUAUGGAAAUGAAGGUGCUAGCAGCUACCGAGGGAGGCACGGGCGAUGCUGGCGCUCAGGCAGGGGAGAAAGGGUAGUGAGCGAGAUAGGGGCUUCAAGUAGGGAUGGGAGCUUUCGCAAACGCCAUGGCACCAGAAAAUCUCACAGGAGUAAUGAAAAAGCUCCCACAAGCUCCAAAGAACUCUCCAAAAGAUUUGAAGAACUUCCCAAGAGCACUAGGGAGAGCGGCGAGGAUGAGGACCAGGACUGCACGGACAAGGUGGGCAUGAGGCGUGAGCUAAAUCUCGCGGACAGCAUCAUCGUCCUCAUCGGCAUCAUCUCAGGGUCGGGCAUCUUCAUCAGCGCUAAUGGUGUCCUGCAGUACAGCGGCAGUGUCGGCCUCUCCCUGCUGGUGUGGGUGCUCAGUGGUUUUAUCUCCCUGAUAGGCGGCUUCGUCUACACUGAACUGGCUGCCAUGAUCCCAUCGAGUGGCGGCGCCUACUCCUACGUUCUGACAGCGUACGGGCGAGUGGCGGCCUUCGUGUUCCUGUGGAUGUCGCUUUUCUUAGAGGAGGUGAACAUGAUGGCCAUUGACGCCCUCACCUUUGGCACGUACGUCCUCCAGCCCUUCUUCCCAGAUUCCCAGACGCCUCCUGAGAUACCUGUCCGUCUCUUGGCUGCUGUGAUGAUUCUGUUCCUCAUGUGGCUCAACAUCCGUUCCGUGAAGGGCUCCGUGGUGCUCCAAAACGUGCUGGUGUUCCCCAAGUUCAUUAUCCUCGGCGCUAUUAUAAUCGUGGGUUUCUAUCGCCUCGCCACCUCUCCGUCUUCCAGCUUCAAUGACGCUUUUGCCAACACCUCUACAAACCCCGCCACCAUCGCCACCGCCUUCUACCAGGGCCUCUACACCUAUAACGGAUGGGACAACAUCACCUGCAUCGUGGAAGAGCUGAAGAGGCCCGCCAAAGUCUUGGUGGUGGCCAUUACUACUGCCCUCGUCCUGCUGAUUGCCUUAUAUCUGCUGGUGAACGUGGCCUACUUCGCUGUGCUGGAGCCGAACGAGAUCCUUUUCUCACCUGCCGUGGCUGUGACAUACGGGCGGGCUUCCUUCGGGGUAAUGGCGUGGAGUGUACCGGUGUUCGUGGCCCUGUCAACAGUGGGGUCCCUAAACGGCAAGACACUCACUCAGUCCAGGGUGGUGUUUGUAGGGGCACGCCACGGCCAGCUCCCCGCCUCCCUCGCCCUGGUGGGAAAUAGAUGCACGCCUGUUACUGCUAUUAUUUUCAUGGCACUUAUGGCCCUGCUGUACCUGGUGACAGUGGACAUCUUCUCCCUCAUCAACGUGGUGUCCUUCUCCAGUGCUGUAUGCCAGGUGGGAGUCGUCUCAGCCCUCCUCCACCUCCGACGGAAACAACCGACCUGGGAGCGGCCCUUCAAGAUAUGGACAGUGGUGGCUGUGGGUUACCUGGGGGUGUUGGUGGCGCUGGUCAUCCUGCCGGCACUGGUGGAGCCUGUCACGGUGGGCAUCACGGUAGCGCUCAUUUUCUUCGCACUGGUGGUCUACUGGCUCUUGCUAAACCGCCCAAUCACCGCCCCAGCUUACCAUCGUGGCUCCAGACGCUUUUACCGUUUUCUGCAAAUUCUGCUGGAAGUGAGGCCUGAGAGUGACGACUUAAGACUGUUGACUGACUGAAUAACUAUAGCUAACUGACUGACUGACUAACUUGCUACUGAUUGACUGGCUGACUAUAAUAUGUCAUCUAUCGCAUCAUCUUUGUAUGGCACCGUCCUAGUCGUUGUCGUUAUGUGAAGUAUGUUAAAAUUAUUGAAACUUGAACACUUCGAACUAUCAGAAUUCUAAAUGUAAAAUUAGAAAGGUAACGUAACUCCAACUUAACAAACCUUUGGCCUUGUAUAGUCAGCCUUGCACGUCGUUGUAAAGGUUUAUUUUUCUAUUGUUUGUA